CCAGCGGACCGAAGAAUUCGAGCAGGUCACCAUGGAAACCUAAUGUUAGCGACGUUAAAGCUGGACGGCUGUUUAAAGUCUUACCUGCCAUUAAACAGCGCUGAAAGACGGAAACACGAAGAGUUUGCCGUGAUGGAGUUUCCUCAGCAUUCCCAGCAGCUGCUGUCCGCCCUGCGGUCUCAGCGCCAGCGGGGCUUCCUCUGUGACUGCACCGUCCUGGUGGGCUCAUCCCGUUUCCUGGCUCACCGGGCUGUUUUGGCCUCCUGCUCGCCUUUCUUCCAUAUGUUCUACUCAGAUUCUCCAGGAGGAAACAGCACCAGCUGCUCUGUCACACUCGACAGUGACAUUGUCACAUCAGCUGCAUUUGGCUUGCUCUUGGACUUUGUCUAUGAAGGAGUGCUGCAGCUUGAAGAGUCACCUCCAGUGGAGGACGUAUUGGCAGCUGCAAGCUUUCUACACAUGAAUGAGGUGGUAAGAGUUUGCAAGAGACGGCUGCAGAGACGAGGGCCUCUGGCUGAGGCAGACAGCACACGCUCUGAAGAGAGUGCUGGUUCGAGGAAGGAAAUAGAGACACGGAGGGAGGAUGAGGGUGACCGUGGAGCAGAGCCCAUGGUGGCCAUGGCAUCAGAUCACUCAAAUCCAGUCACCAUAGCUGCACCACUGUUAUCAGCAUCCAUGGUGGCAGAGAGGAGCCAUGUGGAGACUGUGAAGUCUGAACAAAGGACUGGUGGGGGGUCAUCAGAGGCACGAGUUCAGACUCCUUUGAGCCCCGAUCUCGCCGAUACCACCCAGCCAGGCAUGGAUGGCCCUCCUCUGCCCCCAGGUGGAGAGCUGGUGCAAGGCUUCAUCACAGGCCAGUCUGCCCCUGCUCCUGGAGGUCACAUCAGGAUGGGGGCUGUGCAUCAGGGAGAAGGCACCGCACUCUGUAGUCCUUGUAGCACCACUGAGACAUGCAGCAGUAACCAGCAGCCUUCCUCCUCGUCCUCUUCUUCUCUGGUCCCAGUGAGCCAGGCUGCUGGUCGCUCACUGGUUGCUGUUCACCAGUCAGAAUCCAGUGCACAUCCUGAUGAACCGCAAUUCCCACGCAAUGGCUCUUUAGGGGAACCCUCAGUGACUGAUGACAGAAGUACAUUAGGCAAAAGACAGCAGAUGGUUAUGUUGAUCCAAGCAUCAGCUCUGACUUCACGUUUACAAUUAAGCGCACCAAAGACGCUGUCCCUGCGUGCGCCUCCACAGAUCCGAAUUCAGAGUGCCGUAUCGCUCCAAACCCAGAACUCAGAAUCCCUCGCUGCUGCUCCUCCUCCUCAGAGACAAAUGCUUAAAGGACCUGAGGGGGGCACUGGAGCUUCAUUUAAUACUAAAAAUCACCCUCUAAUGGGGACAGAUAGGAGAGGCAGUGAUGGAGAGAAUGUGAAAGUCAAAGUGGAGGCCAUUGUUAUAUCAGAUGAAGAGCUGGAGGAGGAGAAAGAGGAAAGCAGAGAGAGAGAACCCGUGAUGGAAGUUGAUGAUGACUUUGAAGAUGACAUCCAGGAAGAAGAUCUGAACAGCCCUCAGUUUCUCUCUUCUCACCCACAGGGCUUCUUACAAUUGACCUCCCAAACAAAUGAUUACUCCUUCCCCCUCUCUCCCUCCUCCUCCUCCUCUGGGGCUGGACCUUCCUCCCAGGAUGCUUCCUCCUUCACUGGAUCCCUCAUUCCUCCAUCCACAUCUCAGCAGCACUCUGACCCUGUUGCAUACUUCCAGGAGCUCCAGGACUCUGUAGGAAACUUCGUAGAGGACGUACCAACGUGUGGUGUCUGUGGAAAAACUUUCUCGUGCACCUACACCCUGAGACGCCACGCCAUCGUGCACACACGGGAGCGGCCGUAUGAGUGUCGCUACUGCUACCGAAGCUACACACAAUCGGGCGAUCUGUACCGACACAUUCGCAAAGCGCAUGACCACACGCUGCCAGCCAAACGCAGCAAAGCAGACACAGAGUCCUCUCUGCCAGCGCAGCCACCACCACCACCUCCUCCACCUCCUCCACCUCUUAGCUAACACAGACACCUUUCGCUUCCACAACAAAAUGUACAGUAUGUACAUUUUCUCAAAGACUCCAUACUGUUUGGUAUGUAAUCUGGACCAACCACCUUUCCUCUCUUUAUUCUCUUCAUAGCUGCCUUCACUUCCUCCUUACUAAUCCUCUGCAUUUCCUGAUUCACUAUCUUUUGUCUGUCCUCUUCUCUGAUUUUUUUAAUUCAUCAGCUCCUUAAAGUACUCCUUCCAUCUGCUCACCACACGUUUCAUUUAUCAGUAUGUUUCCAUCUCUCUUUGUCCUUAAUCACUCUAAAGCUGAGUUUGUGGUCCAACAAAGAGAGCGUGUUUGCUGUCCGCUGGCAGUUUGGGGGUUGCCCGUAUACCUGCAGAGAGCUCCGUUGUCAUAUGGAGGCAAUGUACAAAGUAUGUGGUGCAACUGGUCUGUGAGCCACUGUGCUGUUGUUGAUCCGUCAGCAUACAUACAGCAUAUAUAACAUACAAAAGAGCUGAAGUAAAGCAGAGUGUUAAAACUGUAAAAAGUUGUCAACUGCAGCCACUGCCUGUUCUGUAUUUUUCACCCUGAAUGGAAAGAUGUACGCAGACAAACACAUUUUUGGGACCAGAAAUUAGCCUGCUGCACAUAUUUUCCAAUCUCUAAUCAUCCAAUCAAUCUCUGUCUAGCUAAUUAUUUCCUCAAUUUAUGAACUUUUAUUUCAGGUAAUCCUAGACGUAUAACCUGUUUUGCCCCAGAAGGUUGGUUCUGUUCAUCUGGAUGUAGCAUUUUCAAUGGGAGAAUCAUUUUGUCACUCACCCAAUAUCUUCUUCAGUCUCAGCUGACUGCAGGUUUCGCCAACCUUAUAAACAGUACAUUGUACAUUGCACAAUAACAGAACAAGCUCACUGAAUGAACAAUGGGUUGUGAGGUCAGUUCCUUGAUCAUUAAUAUGCAAAUUGUCCUGACCAUUGAUCAACAACCACUGAUCAAAGACCACUGAUCAAUGGCCACGAGUACCGUUC